UCUGAGGCCCGGUUUCAGGGUUUACAUAGGGUUCCAUUUCCUUGUGGAUGAGGGUUAAACAGUGACUUCAGCUGUAUUUUCAUAAUUGCCAUACAAUACGUUAUAGCUAUCUGUAUACAAUUUUACCACAAGUGAUGGUGUCCAGCAAGUAGCAAUGUUGUUCUUUAUGACAAAAGUUUCAAUGUUACAAUGUUCAGUACGCAGGGGUUGGGACAUUUUUUGUACAUAGUAAAAAUCUUGAAAAACAAAAAGUGCCAUUUUUUUUGGAAAACCAACGACAUUUUGUAUAGCCUCAUACUUGAGAAAGUUGUUGGGAUUAAUGUGAGGUUUAUCCUCUCAAAGUAUCAAAGUCAUGGAGUCAAAGGUCGGCUGUACUUAAUAGGAGGAUUUUAAAUGGUCAAUUUUCUGCAAAACUGUCAAUUUAUGAGUAUGCAUUUUUAUAGUUUAAGGGACUAAUAAAAGGAUUAUUUCUGCAAACUUUAAAGGUUCAGGGGUUAAAGGAAAAGGUUAUCGAUUCAGUGCUUAAAAUACUAAACCAAUUGCUUUUGGGAGCUGUAGGGGCUUAUGUGAAGAUGAGAUACUUUUGAGCAUUAAGGCCCGUGGGCCUCUUGUUGCUCUCUUUACUGCUUGUGACAUUCUCAGUUCCUUACAAGAGUCCAAGAAUGAUGUUAUUUUUAUCAUUUGUACAGAAAUUACAGUGAGCAGUCCCCUAAGAAAGAGAAAAAGGAGCAAGAGUACCAACCAAGUGAAAAAAGUUAGUUCAGAGGCAGAUGAAGAAAAAGUUAAAGAAAAGAAAAGAAAAAAGGAAAUCGAUCUUAAGAAAUUGGAGGUGGCUAAUAAAAGUUUAGAGAACAUUAUUAGUCGAAGAAGGAAUGAUCUGAACGAAGUCCCAAAUCAGACAGCUGCAGACAGCCAAGAAUGUACUCCUGACCAGGUGACUUGCACUGACACUGAUAAUUAUCAGGAGUUGCUUUCGGACAAUGAUAAACUCCACAUGCCAGAACUGCCAACACAAUCAGCUUUCAUGGAUUUCAAUCAGCAGCCUAGGAUGACAUCUAGUGGCAUUAACCAAGGAUUGGACCAUUUGUAUGGUUACAUGCAUCCUGGGCAAUCAGUACAAUAUGUAAAUUAUCCUGGAUAUGAGAGACCAUACAAUUACUCCAUCUCUACAAUGCAAACUCAUGCAGAACAGAUAUCUUUACUGCAGCAAGAGAAUGCAGCUCUGAGAGCAGAAAAUCAGAUGUUGAUUCAAGAACUGCAACAUAGCAAUAGCUGCAGCAACAUUGGAUUAGAGGCAACUCCAAGAAAAAUACAUUUCCUUCAGAAUUUAUGCACUGCACUGGAACAGAAAAUGCAUUACCGUGGUUAUAACAGCACUAUCACUAGCAAUAAAGAAUCUGAAGUUCUACAUGAAUCUACAGUCAACAUGCCAACAUUGGUGAGACCAAAGUCAAGGAGAUUAGCAUUCACUGAAAGUUCAGCUAGACAUGAUCAUGAAGAGAGUCCAUUUACGGAGAAUGCAGCAAGACACGAACAUGGGGAGAGGCAACCAUCAACACACAGAGAGGAAGAUUUUGAGCCAGAGAGAGGGUCCACAGAGGGUGACACCAAGAGAAAUGGCUGCAGUCAAGCUUACUGGGAGCAAAGAGUGACUAUGAAUGGAGCCCUGAAAGUGAGACUGAUACCAGAAUCAGAGGUGUACCUGACGGCUCAGCAACUGUCUCAGCGUAUACAAAAAGCAGGGACAAAUGCAAGGAAGCUUAUUAUUAAUUUUCUGGACGUGUUCUUCAAACGAGAGGUAUUGGCCAUUUCCAGCGCCAAAGGUAAACGAGUGGCUCAUAACAGCAAGUUAGCUGAUUCUGGAGAAAAAACUGAAGCUCUGCCAGAAGAAGUGCUUAAUGCAAUUAAAAGGUUCACAGAGAAACACAUAAGAAAAAUUACUGGGCAAUUUAGUUUAACAGAUGCUGUUAUGAACAAUGUCAUCAACUCCAAGUGUGCAACUGCACGCAGAGCUUUACACAAUAGCAACGUUUAAUAGCCCUUGAACAUUUUGUUUUUAUGUACAGUCACAGAUGUGUCUGUACAUAUAGCCGUCACCUGCGUCUGUUGUCGUC